CCAUUCUCGCCUUUUUCAGUAAUUUUCUCGCAGGAAGUACGCGACAAGAUUGUUGUCGAUGAUCUUAUUCAACACGCGAUGAAUAAUUUAAAUUUGGAAUUAAAAACUGUUGCCUAUCGUCGUGCAUAUGCCGAAAACAAUCAAAACCGUAUAUUGAUAUUUGUUGAAAACAGUGAAUCGUUCGUUUUCUUAUACGAUCGUAGUAACUGGCCUACAACACUAGCAGGGUGCAAUUUUACAACGAAAACUCCGUCGAUCCCACCGCAACUCUCGCUAGUUCUACCGUCAGUCUCGUUUCAAAUAUAUUGGGAUAAAUUUGUUCAAGAGAUUAAAAGUAAAUGCGUGGAUAUCGUUGAUAUAAUUCGCUUAAAAAAUAAAGCCCAGCAACCAGUACGAGCAGUCAAACUUGAAUUUAAAUCAAUUAAAUCUCGAAAUGAAGUAUUAGAAGCAGGACCAAUUUCAAUCAUGCAUAUGAAGCACAAAGUCAUUGAAUAUUAUUCCCAAGCUAAUGUCUUAAUAUGUUCCAAUUGUUUCGGAAUUAGGCACUUCCGAAAGAACUGCUCGCAGAAGGAAGAAGUUACAUGUAAAGUAUGCGGUGAAAAAUGCUCAAAUCUGAAAGAUCAUCAUUGUUCAGGCGUGUCAAAAUGUAUUCAUUGUGGUGGGCCGCAUAAUUCGAAUGACGCAAAAUGUCGUGUGGUGAAAGACUAUCGAGCAGCUCUUACUCGUAAUCUUCUCUCAAAAGCACCAUCUGUCAACGGCGAAUAUACAAACUGUCAACCGUCACUAGCCGAUUUUCCUCAGUUGACUGCUGCACUGGGUCGUGCACCCUAUUCUACAGUCACUCAAAUGAUGCCUUUAAACUCAAAUGAUGUAAUAUCCAAGAAGCUGGAUAGUAUUUUAACAAAAGUUGAAGAAGAAUCUGUAGCAACUCGUUUGGUGUUCGAUGAAUUAAAAAAAGAAAUGAUAGCGCGCUAUGAAGUAACGAAGCAACAAGUUGAUGAGCUUGAAAAAAAGGUGGGAACAAUGGAAACGAAAUUUCAGGAACUAAGCAAACAAGUAUUUACAAUAAUGCAGAACAUCUGUACGUCUCUAUUGGAUCCACAAGGUGCACAAAAUGCUAAUUGGAAAACCUACUGGCAGGAACAAAUUAGAAUAUUAUCAGAGCUUAAAGUACCGUCGUCUAAAUCUUCAUAA